GUGAGGGCUCCGGCGGCGCCGGGAGGAGGGAGCGGCGCGGCACGGCUCGGCACGGCUCGGGAGUGCCAGCCCCUCUGCGGUAAAGGUGACUGGCUGCAGGGCUAAGCGGCUUGCAAGAUGGUAACGGACGCCGGCCAGAGCCAGCGUUUUAACUUAGGUUGCCGUUGCUUUUAUCCCCCGUUAACAGCGCGGUGUUGAUAGCGGAACGUUCGUGUCUCUAGGAUAGCCCUGGAGAGGCUGUUGCACAGACACGGGAACGGGGAGGAUGGGCGAAGAUUAAUCCCAUUUGAAGAGAAAAUGCUAUGCUAAAGCACCUUUAUCCUAAAAAAUACCAAAGUAAGGUACUAUUCUAUUGAAUUGUGCUGUCCAUACAAUGAAAAGUGUUAAUAUGGCAGAAUAACCAUGGGAGACUGGAAUUUCCUUGGAGGCAUUUUAGAGGAGGUCCACAUUCAUUCCACUAUCAUUGGAAAGAUUUGGCUAACGAUCCUCUUCAUAUUUCGAAUGCUUGUCCUUGGAGUGGCAACCGAGGAUGUUUGGAAUGAUGAACAAUCAGAAUUUAUAUGCAAUACUGAGCAGCCUGGUUGCAGGAAUGUGUGCUAUGAUGAGGCCUUUCCCAUCUCUCUCAUAAGAUACUGGGUCUUGCAAGUUAUAUUUGUGUCUUCCCCUUCCUUGGUGUAUAUGGGUCAUGCCUUAUACAGACUAAGAGCAUUGGAAAAAGAGAGGCAAAAAAAGAAAGCUCAGGUAAGGGUGGAACUUGAAAGCACUGAAUUAGAAAUGACUGAAAAUCGUAAAAGACUGGAGAGAGAGCUCCGGCAACUGGAUCAAAGAAAGCUAAACAAAGCACCCCUAAGAGGCUCUUUGCUCUGCACUUACGUGAUACAUAUUUUCACAAGAUCUGCAGUGGAAGUUGGCUUUAUGAUUGGGCAGUAUCUUCUCUAUGGUUUUCACUUAGAUCCCCUUUAUAAAUGUCAGAGAGACCCAUGUCCAAACACAGUUGACUGCUUUGUAUCUAGACCAACAGAAAAGACAGUGUUUAUAUUAUUUAUGCAAUCAAUAGCAACUGUAUCAUUGCUUUUAAAUAUUCUAGAAAUUAUCCACUUAGGAUUCCGAAAAAUUAAAAUGGGACUCUGUGAGCAGAAUAAAAACAAAGAUGACUCUGAGAAUUUCUACAUAAACAAAUCUAAGAAAUACUCUGUGAUACCACACUCUUCUUUGGGAAUAUCCACCACCCCUCAGAAAACACUUCCUUGUGCUCUUAGCAGUUACGCCUUUUUGAUGGAAAAGCAAACUGACACUAUGCUCUACCCAGUUUUAAAUUCUCCUUCUAUGUUUCAGUCUGUGCAAAAUAACCAUACAGAAAGCAGCAGCAAUUACACCCAUUGCAAUCAGGAAAAUAAAUCUCCAAAGAAGAGGCCAGCUACAAAUGCUUUAGACAAUCAGACUCAAAAUGCUAGCACAAAUAAUAAUGAAGGCUUUCUUGGCGAGCUUUGGACUGAGACACAUGAUGCACAAGAAGAGGCUGAAAAGAAACCUUUUCUUGUUGAUACUCAGAAUGCAGAUACUGCCUCAAACGUGUACUUGAGAAGCUUUGCUGAGAUGCCAUGUCAAACUUCAUUGCAACCUGGUACAACUUUUCCUAGUACCAGUCUUAGGCAACAGGCAGUGGUUGAGAGCACAGGAAUACCAACAAAUUCUCUUCCAAGGAACAGUGACAGAAGACAGAACAGUUUCAAUGUAAACAAAGCCCAAAUUCCUUACAAUGCUGAUGGAAAAAAUUCCAGCCGACCAGACACUUCUGAUUCUGUGGGGGUGGUGAGCUCAGAAUCUACACAAAGCAGAAGCUGGAAUAGUCCUAAGCUUUUCUCUCUGUCUAGGCAACAGUCACUGUCAAGUAAUGCCAGCAGUAGGCGUGCCCCCACUGAUCUUCAAAUAUAGCGUGAGUUAACCCAUUAGCUGCACUAACCAAUGCUGGGAUAAUUCCUGAACAGAGAUAUAACCCAGACCUAUGUGUAAGUGCAGCUAAAUAAUUCAACUUUCACCAGCUGUUUACAUAGUUGUGUAACCCUUUGAAUAGUAGCUAAGUAAUUUUAAACAGUUUCUUUACUUCCUUUGUAAUGAAAAUGUGACAUAGACCUCAGUGUAUAAACUUCUACACUCCAGCUAAAAAGGAAAACGUACAUCCUCUCAAUCCACAUAUUAGGAAAAAGGCAUAAAAUCACAGCUGAUACUAUUAAAACUGAAUAAAAGUAGAAGACAAAAUUUACAGUCUAAUGAUAUUUUUACAAAGACCAGUAAAUUAAAUUAGGCUAAAGAUGCUCUCAGAAGAACUUAUUGGUAAACAUGUCUCUGCCUAAUCAGUCUGAGAAUUCAGACAGACAUUUGGUAGCUGACCAAAAGCGGAAGGUCAAACUUAUUCCACUGUUCAAACUGUUGUAAAUACAAAGAGAAAAAGCAUUUACAAAACAGAUCACUAAUUUGUUGGCUCCAUGGUACACUUUUUUUCAGUAUAUCGCCACUGACUUUCUCAGCAGAAAAAUAAAAGUGAAUUUCUUAUAGUAUACUAUCAGAAUUCAAUACACCACUAAUUUUUUAAAACAUCAUGAAUUAUAGAUAUGUUGUGAGCUUUACUUUUGACAUUUUUCAUAACACUAAUAAGACAGCAAAAUCAGAAAACAAGUUACUGAAAUUUGCUAAUCAGACAUUUUGAAUUUCACAAACCAGAAGGCUUACUAUGGAAAACAGAACAAC